AUGGCCACCCCCAGUGUCCUGGCUUUUGACGCUGAGGGUCGCGCCAUCGACUUUGCGGUCUGGGUCGACGACCUGCAGCUGUACUUGCUUUGCGAUACGGUAGAUGAAGUUUCUCUCUUUGACUUUGUCUCUGGCGCUGUACCUGCCCCUCCUGCUGAUGCUGACCCCACUGUGCGCUCCAAGUGGGCCUCACGCGAUGCUGCUGCACGUCUUGCUGUGCGUCGCCACCUCCCUUCCUCCGAGCGCGCACACUUUAGUCAGUGUAAGACCGCUCAGGCCUUGUACGACGCUGUAGUUGCGCGCUACUCCUCCCCUUCCUCUGCUACACUGAGCCGCCUCAUGCUACCGUACCUCUUCCCUUACCUUGCUGCCUUUCCUACAGUCGCUGACCUCUUUACCCACCUUCGCGCUAGUGACACUCGCUACCGAGCUGCGCUUCCUGCUGCCUUCUGCGCCGAAAACCCCCCUCCCAUGUACAUCACCCUCUACUUUCUAGUCACCCCGGCCGAGAAGAGCAUAGUCGCUGUAGGGGCCUCUCGUGGUGACCCCCGCACCCCCAUCUUUGAGGGGUGUUCUCCUUCCCCCCUGUUACCCUCUGCCGCCUCUGCUGCUGCGGCCGACCUCGUUGGUCUAGAGUCGGUCGGUGCGGCGUCUGCCCCCAGCGGUAGGCGCCGCUCUAGCAAGGGCAAAGGGGGCAAGGGAGCGGGUGGAGCUAGCGGGGGCGGUAGCGGAGGAGGUGGGGGCGGCGGGGGGAGUGGGGGUGGCGGUGGAGGUGGUGGCGGGGGUGGAGGUCCUAGUGGCGGCAGUGGAGGCGGAGGUGGCGGCGGAGGUGGUGGUGCAGGUGGCGGUGGGAGCAGCGGGGGCGAGGGUGGCGGUGGCGGCGGUGGCGGCGGAGGCGGGGGUGGUGGUGGUGGAGGUGGUCGGAGUGGCUCGUCCCAGCGGAGCAGCAGUGGGGGUGGUCAGCGCCAGCAGCAGCAGCAGCAGCAGCGCUCUCGCGACGUCCCCGCCCCUCAGCAGCUCCGUGAGUGGUACUCGCAGCGUCAGCGUGGUGGGGCGUUCGGUCCCUGCACCUACGUCCUUCGCACCGGCGACCGUGUGGGUGAGCAGUGUGGGGGCACCCACACCGCCCGCCGCUGCUUUGCCCGCUUGACCGACGCUUGGCGCCAGCAGUUUCCGGAGGCCUCUGAGAUCCCCCGCUGGGGAGAGCUGUCUAGGGCUGGUGUAGCCAUCUUUGAUCUUGACUUUGAUGCUAUCCUUGCUGCCAUGUAUGCUGUGACUGUUAGUGAUGAGGGUGACUGUUACCGGUGUUUCCCGCCCGACCCGGGCAUUGGUGCUGCUGCGUCAGGUGCCAGUGUGGAUGCUACUCUACGUGCCAGUGCGUCUGUGCUCCCAGGUACUAGUGAGUCUGCACUCUCAGGUACUGUGUCGGCUUCGGCCUCUCACACCUUCACCCUUGACUCUGGGGCGUCUCGCUCCUUCUUUCGGGACCGCACCACUCUCACGCCGCUUAGUCGACCGGUUGCGGUGUCCCUGGCUGACCCCUCUGGAGGUCCUGUCCUGUCUCGUUUCUCCACAGUCCUCCCGUGUCCGGCGGCUCCCUCUAGCACCCUGACUGGUCUCGACCUCCCCUCGUUCUCUACGAACCUGGUGAGUGGUGCGGACCUACAGGAUGUGGGUGUCCACCAGUUCACUCCCGCUCGUCAGUGGGUGACACACUGCACAGAGGCUAGCACAGGUCGCCACCUGGCUACGUUUACACGUCAGCCAGGGUCGAGCCUGUACACACUGACCACUACUUCUCCUCCCGGUGCUGAGUCUGGUAGCGUUUCUUCGUCUGGUCAGGUGUUAGCUGCAGCGUCCAGGUCUGGUCCUGAGUCUGCCCCCUGUUCGUGUCGCCGUCUGUCUCACGAGACUCUCCUCUGGCACCACCGCCUUGGCCACCCCUCUCUGCUUCGGCUCAGAGGCAUGGCCUCCCGUCUUCUUGUGUCUGGUCUCCCCCGGUCCCUCCCUCCCCUUCCUCAGGGCCCUGGCCCUGCCUGUGUCCCCUGUGUCGAGGGGCGCCAGCGUGCUGCCCCUCACUCCUCCCAGUUUCCUCCGACAGAGGCUCCGUUGCAAACGCUUCACAUGGACGUGUGGGGCCCUGCCCGCGUCCGUGGACUCGGUCACGAGCGCUACAUCCUGUUGGUGGUUGACGACUACUCGCGUUACACCACAGUCUUCCCCUUGCGCAGCAAGGGUGAUGUCACUGAGGUGCUGAUCGUCUGGAUCCGCGCAGCUCGUCUCCGGCCCAGGCAGAGCUUUGGCUCGAACUUUCCUGUGUUGCGUCUGCACUCGGACAGAGGCGGAGAGUUCUCCUCUGGCCUUCUGCGUGCCUUAUGUCGUGCGCGAGGCAUCCGCCAGACCUUCACGCUUCCGGACUCACCGCAGCAAAAUGGGAUUGCAGAGCGCCGCAUUGGCAUGGUCAUGGACGUCGCUCGUACGUCUAUGAUGCAUGCGGCUGCCCCCCAUUUUCUGUGGCCGUUUGCGGUCAGGUACGCGGCGCAUCAGAUCAACCUCCACCCCAGGGUCUCCAGGCCGGAGACCUCCCCAGCCCUGCUGUGGACGGGGAAGGUUGGCGAUGCGUCGGCGUUCCGGGUCUGGGGAUCUCGGGCGUUUGUCCGCGACUUGUCUGCGGACAAGCUGUCCCCUCGCGCAGCUCCCUGCGUCUUCCUGGGGUUCCCCCCCGACGCCCCUGGGUGGCAGUUCUAUCACCCCACCACUCGACGUGUUCUGUCCUCCCAGGACGUCACGUUCGACGAGUCGGUACCCUACUACCGCCUCUUCCCCUACCGCACUCCGUCCCUCCCCCCGCCCCCGCUCUUCUUGGUACCAGGUCCCCCCCCGGUAGACCCCCUCCCCCCUCAGGGUCCUGCCCCUUCAGGUGUGUCCCAGGUAGACGCGGUCGGGCCUGUCGAGGUAACUGGUGACUCUGGUGCUGCUGCGGGAGCUGAGCCUGGGGCUGCUAGGAUUGGAGGUGCUGAGCCUGGGGGUGCUGAGCCUGGGGGUGCGGAGUCUGGGGGUGCUAAGCCUGGGGGUGCUGAGCCAGGGGGUGCUGAGCCUGGGGGUAGUGUGUCUGGGGAGCCUGAGCCUGGGGGUGCUGGGCCUGGGAGUGCUGAGCCUGGGGGUGCUGAGACUGGGGGUGCUCCGCCUGGAGGUGCCUUGCCUGGAGGUUCUUCGCCAGGAGGUGCUUCGUCUUGCCGAGAGCCACUCUCCCCACAGGAGCUGCGUGAGUGGUUUGCCCGGCGCUGGAGGCGUACUGCUGGUGCGGGAGGUUCUUCGGCUGCAGAGGGUGCUGCUGCCGCGCGUCUUGGAGGUGCUCGUGCGGUGGGUGCUGGAGCUGCUGGGCCUGAGGGUUCUCCUGGAGCUGGUACUGCUGAGGGUGUUGGCGCUGAGACUACUGCUGGCGGUCUUACUGGCAGUGCUCCUGGUGCUGCUGGGGGUUCUGGAGCUACUGGAGGUGCUGCUGGAGGUAGUGCUGGAGCGAGUACUCCUUCUGGGAGUACUGGUGCUGUCCCUACUGUUUCUGGCGUCGCCACGCGGCCCCGACCGUACUUCGUUCCGCUCCUGCAGCAGGUUCUUGGUCUUACACCUUCUCCUGGUCCUCCUCCUCCUCCCUUAGAGGGUCCACAGCCUGUCCACUCCCAAUCACAGCUACAGCCUGCCUCCCCUUUGCCUGCGCCUUCUCCCUACGCUGGUCCGACUGGAGGUCUUACUGAGCGUCGUGAGCCUGCGUCUCGUCCUGCAUCGCCUGUUCGUCCUGCACGCACUAGUGGUCGCGGUUCACGUCAGCGUCCUCCUCCUGUCCCUGGCUCGCACCGUAUGUCUCUGCGUCCGUCCACUGCUCCUCUGCGUGCCCCUUUGCCUUCUCCUCCUGAGUCCUCUCUUCCUGCCCUUGCCGACCCGGAGCCGGACUCUCUUCGUGCUGCCAGUCCUACUGUCACGCGUCUCCUUGCUACUGCUGUCACUGACCCUUCUUUCGAGUCUUCUGCUGCGUCUGCCCUUGUCACUGAGCUCGUCGACUUUGCUGCGCGCUGUCGUCUAGACUACGCUGCUAGUCCUGUCGCUGAGUCUGAGUCUGUCUGUCCUCCGUCCGUCGGGGGUGAGUGUGCCCUUGGCACGGACGUCCUUGAGGACAGGCAGGAGGAGUUCCAGUGUCUGGCCGCCGCUUCACCUCAUCUCGCGUCUGUACUGCUCGCCCCUGAGGGAGACCCGGAUGCACUUGACAUCCCGACUCCGCGCUCUUACGCGGAGGCGAUAGAGGGUCCUUACUCCUCUCAGUGGCAGGCAGCUAUGGAUGCAGAGAUGGCUUCCUGGAGGUCCACAGGCACCUACGUUGACGCUGUUCCCCCUCCUAGGGCGAACAUCGUCAGUGGCAUGUGGAUCUUCAGGGUGAAGCGGCCGCCGGGUUCUCCGCCUGUCUUCAAGGCGCGUUACGUGGCUCGUGGCUUCAGUCAGUGGCAGGGAGUUGACUACUUUCAGACCUUCUCUCCCACCCCGAAGAUGACCACUCUUCGGGUACUGCUGCACGUUGCUGCUCACUGUGACUACGAGCUGCACUCUUUCGACUUCAGCACUGCUUUCUUGCAGGGCAGCCUGCGCGAGGAGAUCUGGCUGCGCCGCCCACCUGGCUUCACUGGGUCUUUCCCUCCUGGUACCCAGUGGAGUCUCCGGCGUCCAGUCUACGGUCUUCGCCAGGCGCCACGUGAGUGGCACGACACACUAAGGACUACGCUUGCGGCUCUUGGGUUUGCUCCUUCUACUGCCGACCCGUCGCUGUUUCUGCGCACCGACACUUCUCUGCCGCCGUUCUAG